AUGGCGUGUUGUCUCAGCGAGGAGGCGAAGGAGCAAAAAAGGAUCAAUCAGGAGAUUGAACGCCAGCUUCGCAAAGACAAGAGAGAUGCCAGACGAGAACUUAAGCUCCUACUUCUCGGCACUGGCGAGAGUGGGAAGAGUACUUUCAUUAAGCAGAUGAAAAUCAUCCAUGGUUCAGGGUACUCUGACGAAGACAAGAAGAGUUUCAUCAAGUUAGUCUACCAAAACAUCUUUAUGGCGAUGCAAAGCAUGAUUAAAGCCAUGGAUAUGCUCAAAAUACCGUACAAAGACCCGAGGAACACGGAAAAUGCCGAACUAGUUCGCUCGGUAGACUAUGAAACAGUGACCACAUUCGACAGUCCAUUCGUGGAGGCGAUAAAAGCACUCUGGCAAGAUUCAGGCAUUCAAGAAUGCUACGACCGAAGAAGAGAAUAUCAGCUCACCGACUCUGCCAAAUACUAUUUAAGUGACAUUGACCGAAUAGCCAACACCGAAUAUUUGCCUAACCAACAAGACAUCCUUCGAGUCCGAGUGCCCACGACGGGGAUCAUCGAAUAUCCAUUCGACUUAGAUUCGAUAAUAUUCAGAAUGGUCGACGUAGGGGGCCAACGGUCUGAAAGAAGAAAGUGGAUACACUGCUUUGAAAAUGUGACCUCAAUUAUAUUCUUAGUUGCGCUUAGUGAGUACGAUCAAAUUCUCUUUGAGUCGGACAAUGAGAAUCGAAUGGAGGAGAGUAAAGCACUGUUCAAAACAAUAAUCACAUAUCCGUGGUUUCAAAAUUCGUCAGUUAUUCUAUUUUUAAAUAAAAAAGAUCUGCUCGAAGAGAAGAUUCUGUACUCUCAUCUGGUAGACUACUUUCCCGAAUAUGAUGGGCCAAAGAAAGACGCGUUACACGCGAGAGAAUUUAUUCUCAAAAUGUUCGUUGAUCUCAAUCCGGACAGUGAAAAGAUCAUCUACUCACACUUUACGUGUGCAACCGACACUGAGAAUAUUCGUUUCGUAUUUGCGGCGGUAAAGGACACCAUUCUGCAGUUGAAUUUAAAAGAGUACAAUCUGGUCUAG